GUUGUGUAGAUCGGGCGGUUACCAGUGCAAAACCAUGCGGACGAUUUUCAACAAACAUGGCAGCCAUACAAUCGCUCAAUCCGAAAGCUGAAAUCGCCCGAGCGGCCCAAGCCCUGGCCAUCAACACCAGUGCUGCCAAAGGUUUGCAAGAUGUCUUACGGACAAACCUAGGACCGAAGGGUACUAUCAAAAUGCUAGUGUCUGGGAGUGGCGACAUCAAACUGACGAAAGAUGGCAACGUUCUCCUCCAUGAAAUGCAAAUUCAACAUCCCACUGCGUCCAUGAUAGCCAAGGUGGCCACUGCCCAAGACGACAUCACGGGUGACGGGACUACAUCCAAUGUGCUCAUCAUUGGAGAGCUUCUCAAGCAGGCAGACCUGUACAUAUCAGAGGGCCUGCAUCCCCGUAUAGUGACGGAGGGCUUCGAGUUGGCCAAAGCCAAAGCCUUACAGAUCCUGGAGGAAGUCAAGGUAGCUCAAGAGAUGGACAGAGACAUGCUGAUCAGCGUGGCUCGUACCUCCCUCCGCACCAAGGUCCACGCUGAGAUGGCAGACCUGUUGACUGAGGUUAUUGUGGAUGCCGUGCUGGCGAUCCGUCAGCCCAAGGAGCAGAUUGACCUGCACAUGGUGGAGAUCAUGCAGAUGCAGCACAAGACGGACCUGGACACCACGCUGGUCCGCGGGCUGGUCAUGGACCAUGGAGCCCGCCACCCGGACAUGAAGAAACGGGUCACUGAUGCUUACAUCCUGACCUGCAAUGUCUCCAUGGAGUACGAGAAGAGUGAGGUAAACGCAGGGUUCUUCUACAAGUCGGCCGAAGAUCGGGAGAAGCUGGUUCAGGCUGAGCGAGCAUUCACCGACGAGAAGGUCCAAAAGGUCAUUGAGCUGAAGAGGAAAGUCUGCGAAGGAAACGACAAAGGCUUCGUCGUCAUCAACCAAAAGGGCAUCGAUCCGCUGUCAUUAGACAUGUUGGCAAAAGAAGGAAUUGUAGCGCUCCGCCGAGCCAAGAGAAGAAACAUGGAAAGGUUGUGCUUGGCGUGCGGAGGACUUGCCAUGAACUCUGUAGACGAUCUAGCCGUGGAGAACCUGGGACAUGCAGGGCUCGUAUUCGAACAUGUUCUGGGAGAAGAGAAGUUCACCUUUGUGGAGGAGUGUGCUAACCCUCUCUCUGUGACCAUCCUGAUCAAAGGACCCAACAAACACACUCUGAGCCAGAUCAAGGAUGCCAUACAUGAUGGUCUACGUGCCGUCAAGAAUGCCAUUGAAGAUGCUGCCGUUGUUCCCGGUGCUGGUGCCUUGGAAAUCGCAAUCCACGCUGGCCUGAUCAAAUUCAAGGAGACGGUCAAAGGCCGUGCCCGUCUAGGUGUCCAGGCCUUCGCCGAUGCUCUCCUGAUCAUCCCCAAAGUCCUAGCCCAGAACUCUGGUCUGGACCCCCAGGAGGUCAUCGUCAAGCUGCAAGAAGAGUACGCAGAGAGCAAGCAGCUGGUUGGGGUUGAUAUAUCCACUGGUGAGGCUCUUGUGGCAGCUGAUGCAGGCAUCUGGGAUAACUAUUGUGUCAAGAAGCAAAUUCUUCAUUCAUGUACGGUGAUCGCUGGCAACCUCCUACUAGUCGAUGAGAUCAUGAGGGCCGGUCUAUCCUCGCUCAAAGGAUCCUGAUUGUUCCCAAUAGUUCCUAGCCAAUGCCUUUCUAAGCACGUCAUUGUCUAAGUUAACCAAGCUUUAAACAAAUGCUCUUUGUGAAAUCACUGCAAUGGAUUAUGAUAACUCCCUUAAUAACUUGUUGGCUUUGGAAAUCUUACACAAAAGAAUAGUUUCUCAUCCGGGGUUUUUCAAAAGGAAGGAGACCCCACUUGAUCAUGUCUGUGCUGAGAAAUCGUCGUCACAUCUUGGGUGACGUGAGCAUGGUUGCAAGUGUCGAGAUGCCACAUGUUUCUCGAGGAUCACACGAUUUCUCAGUUUUGUGACCUGAGCAGUAUUUUUCUGCUUGAUGCCGUCGCGCGAGCAAAUCGCAGGUCAAGCUGAGGCCACCCCAUUAGUGGCUUUGCAAAGCCAACAAGCUAAGGCAUAUAUCUGUGACCCGCCAUCACAAAACUGACAGCCGAACUCUUUAUAUUGGUCUUUGCAGUUUUUGGCACUGUUACGCAACAAGCAUAGCGAUGGCCCCAACUUUAGUUCGGGACAAUCCCAACUGUAGUUGGAAAGUCCCAACUGUAGUUAGGACAAUCCCAACUGUAGGUACGACAAUCCAAACUGUAGCUACGACAGUCCUAACUAUAGUUGAGAUAGUCCCAACUGUAGUUAGGACAACCCCAACUGUAGUUAAGACAAUCCCAACUGUAGUUAGGGCAGUCCAAACCAGUCCCAACUAUAAUUGAGAUAGUCCCAACUGUAGUUAGGACAAUCCCAACUGUAGUUAGGGGAGUCCAAACCAGUCCCAACUAUAGUUGAGAUAGUCCCAACUGUAGUUAGGACAACCCCAACUGUAGUUAGGACAACCCCAAAUGUAGUUAGGACAACCCCAAAUGUAGUUAGGACAAUCCCAACUGUAGUUAGGGCAGUCCAAACCAGUCCCAACUAUAGUUGGGAUAGUCCCAACUGUAGUUAGGACAAUCCCAGCUAUAGUUGGGACAGGGUUGUAGUUGAAGCAUAACACCAGAUAAUCUGCAUUCCUCGCAUGCUGUAAUUUCACCAAGUGAAAGCACAGACCUUGUAAGCUCUUCCUGCAGUUACGGUCGGGUUUCGGGAUUGGGGGUCACGUGUGAGUUGUCGAUUUUCAUGUAGCUUUGAAUACAUAUAGAUGUUAAAAAUGUGAGUCUGUCUCGCUUAGUUUAAAAGCACCUGUAUCGUCAAGGAAUUGGUGGAAAUCCAUAGUUCAUCCCUGCUACGUACAACAGUCCUUACCAAAUCUGACUAAGCGAAUUUAUUGGUUAGCAGAAUUAUCACAGGGACCCGUUUUUAAGCAAUAUAUUUCACAUAUCAGUUGUAAGCUUUUACUUUCUCAGCAAAGUUUAUCUUCUAUCAGUUAAGCAGAAUUUGCCAUUAUUUUCAAAUGGAAUACUUGGCAUUCAAAAUGUUGCUAAGCACUUUAAGGAAGUAAGCUGAAGUUAGUAAGGCAUCAGACAGGCAGUGAAAAAUUCUCCAUCCAUUUAAUAGUAAGAAAUAUGUCAGUUUUCUUUUUUCUUAUAAAAAAGUUUAGCCUGAAAAAAGGUACUAUUUGUCUUCAUGGAAACACAACUGUGCUUGUUAAAUUUUGUUAAGUAUUAUUUUUCUUUUCUUUUUUGCUGUGUGCUGAGGAUUACAUCAGCAAAUUUAUUUUAAAAAAAGUUUGUAUUGCUUUUUGUUACUGAAAAGAAAAAUGAGUUGAUUGGUCAGUUUAUGUUUGCAGCCCCUGGUUUUGAAAAACUCUUGGAUUUUGUAAGGCAAUAUAUUCCCCCGAGUUGCAAUGUUGUCUAUGCUCUGAGUGGUAUAUGUCAUGAAUAAAAACUGAAUGUGUGAUCCAAAGUAA